UGAGCGUCUGCCCGGGCUCCUUCACUCCUGCAUCUUCUACUGUAGAGACACAGCUCCGCCGACAUGACAGAGGAGGUUCAGACGGGCUCAGCCGACAUGACAGACCAGGUUCAGAUGGGCUCAGCCGACAUGACAGACCAGGUUAAUGAAUCUAUCUUGAAGGACUUGGACCUCCACUGUGAGACCAACAACGUUUUACACCACACCAGUGAGAUCUCAGUGAAGGAGCUGUUUGUGAGGCGAGGUCAACCCUUCACUCUGACCCUCACGCUGUCGCAACCUUUCCAACCUGAACUCUACCCGCUCAGCGUCACCGCAGCGACAGGUUGUCAUUAUUCAGAGGAACACGGCACAGUUUCGUACUUCGGUAUCCCCGACAUCGUGACGCGUUCACCAUCAACGAAGGCUGUGUGGAAGAUAGAGCUUCAGGAGAAGAAGUCGUCCCCGAAGAAAGGCGUCUUGGUUCUGAGCAUCACGCCUCCGGCUAACGCCCCCAUAGGAGAGUAUAUAGUGUCCGCGCAAUACAGGGAUGAGGAAAUGUUGCUCGCAAUGCCGGUGGUGCUCUUCAACCCCUGGUGUCCUGAUGACACGGUCUAUCUAAGCGAUGAGAAGGAAAGACAAGAGUAUGUGAUGAAUGAACAAGGACUCAUCUACAAAGGGAGUGGAAACUACAUCUUCUCCCAGCCGUGGGACUUCGGACAGUUUGAGGAGGACAUGGUGAGGAUUAGUAUGAAGAUACUGGAACUCAACAACAAACACUUGGAAGACCCCGCUGAAGAUGUCUGCAGUCGCUCUGAUCCCGUCUACGUCGGCCGCGUUGUCAGCGCCAUGAUCAACAGUGAAGACGACCAUGGCGUCCUGUUUGGACGGUGGGGGGGUUCAUAUUACGACGGGUUUAAACCCUCUCACUGGUCCGGCAGCCACGCAAUCCUCAAACAGUGGUACGACAAUGAGUUCAAGCCAGUCAGAUACGGCCAGUGCUGGGUGUUUGCUGGCGUGAUGUGUUCAGUGAUGCGUCUGCUGGGCAUCCCCUGCCGCGUGGUCACCAACUACUCGUCAGCCCACGACACCAACAGCAAUCUGAUCAUCGACGUGUACCACUCAGACUACGGUGUCGCAAUGAAACGUUCUCCUGACAGUGUUUGGAACUUCCACGUGUGGGUGGAGGGGUGGAUGAAACGUCCAGACCUGGAGGAAGGUGAUAAAUACGACGGCUGGCAAGUUCUGGAUCCGACACCACAGGAGACGAGCAACGGUGUUUACUGCUGCGGUCCGGCCUCAGUCAAAGCCAUCCGGAGCGGAAACAUCGACCUCAAAUACGAUAUCCCGUUCAUCUUCGCUGAGGUCAACGCAGACUGUGUGGACUGGCUGAUCAAAGCUGACGGCUCCAAAGUGAAGAUCUUCUCCGACACUGAGAGAGUCGGUCAGAACAUCUCCACCAAGUCUGUCGGCUCCAAAAAGAGGAAGAACAUCACCGACAACUACAAGCACAGGGAGGGGUCCGAGAAGGAGAGGGAUGUCUUCAAGUACGCCCUCACCAGAGACUACACCGUAGACGAUGAGGAGGACAUGGAGUUUGAAGAGGAGGAAGGGAACGAGGAAGGGAUGGAGGACGAGACGGCAACGGAGAACGAGACGGCAACGGAGAACGAGACGGCAACGGAGAGCGAGACGGCAACGGAGAGCGAGACGGCAACGGAAAACUCAGGAGGAGCAGCUGAGGUCACCCCGGAGGUCAUUGCUCCACCACCUGAGGUGUCCAUGAAAUUUGAGGUGUGUUCCAAGCCAAGGAACGGCAAGGACGUGAGCAUGAAGCUGGUGCUGCACAGCAAGAGCACUGCCUCCAGGCCGCUGACCAUCAACAUCAGCGUCCAGGCCAUGGGCUACAACGGCUCUCCGGCCGGGAACAUCCAGAGCAAGGUGAAGGAGGAGACACUGCAGCCCGGGAAAGAUCUGUCCGUCCCCAUCCUGGUCCCGUUCUCGGCCUAUCAUAAGCUCAUGGUGGAGUGUGACAGCAUGAAGGUUUCAGCCUUGGUCACUGACAAAGAGAAGCCGGACUACGUCUACCUGGCGGAGAACGACAUCGUGCUGCUGGAUCCUCACAUGUCCAUCACUGUUACCAGUCCGACCAGACUGCACCAGGAAACCAGUGGAACGGUGGUUUUCAGGAACCCAGCAAACGAGAAGCUGACGGGAUGCAAACUGACUCUGUCUGGAAGUGGCACAUUUAAAGACGAGGUCGAGUGCAAGCUCCCUGACCUGAGCCCAUUAAACCAGUUCCGUAUCAAGUUCUUCUUUUAUCCCUACAAGACGGGAGAGAAGACAAUCAUGGCCGACUUCGACUGCUCCACCUUCAGAGACAUCCAGGCCAAUUGCAAGGUCAAGGUCACAGAGUAACGUCUCAACACUGCAGAGCCGCAGUCUCGUUCAAAGGUCGCUAGGUAAAAGGUUUUUAAAAAAUUUUUAUUCGCAGCUUUAAGGAGAUUUAUUGUGCUCAUGUUCAGAUGUUUUCAAAUGUCCAAAACAUGCAGCGGAGGACAUAUAUACAUAUACACAUAUACACAAUACAAAAGCUUCCAAAGCUCGUCGUCUUUCUAAGUUGACGUCUUCUACUUUUUCAUCUUGAGGUUUGUCCCGUGUCAACACGCCCACUUGCUCGUGAAUGUUCCGGACAUUUCUCCGCUGUAUUCUCACGUGGACUCACUCGGACAUUUGCACUGCAAAUGUCCGAUUUCAGUGCAGGUCUGAAAACAGCUCAACAAAGACAACACAACUUUGUACAACACUAGAGGAGAGAAACACUGAACGAGCAUCAUAAGUCUCCUUGAAGCCAUCACCUUCUGAAGGACAGCAGAUAUCACACAGUCUCUGGGGUUUCAUUCAUUCAUCUCAUUACUUGGUUUUACUUCAUUCAGUGACUUUUGCAAGGGCGAUAAUAAACUUGUGGUUCUCAGUGAAACGUUGGUUCAGGGUAAAAGCUUUUCAACAAACUGAUGUGAACUUUCUUGCAGCAUUACACUUUUAUAUUUAGAUAAAUACUUUAAUGACAAAGUCCGGUGACAGACCAAAGCUGAAAAACAUUUUACGCCUGAGUUUGAUCCCAGCUGAUGUUUAAAGUCUGAUUCUGAAAGCUGCCGUAGAUUCUCAUCAGAAUCAGAAGAAAAUUCAUUUGUGACUGAGAAACAAAGUUAUUCGGUUGUUUUACACUUGAAGAAAUAUCUCCUGCAGCGAUCUCCAGGUAACAGCGGCCUCUGCUGGACGGACAGAGGAUGAACUCUUCAUUCUCCAAAAUAGAAACCGAACAACUGCUGCUCCCUGUCUCAUGAUGCCUUCAGGAAAACAUGGUAGAAAAGGGUUUUUACCUCAGGGGUAAAGCAGAUCGUCUGUUAUCCAAAGAUUUGAGGAUAAGUCAAGUCAAGUUUAUUCAUAUUGCACAUUUAAAAACAACCGCAAAUAAAUGAAUACACCUUUAAACGUACAAGGGAUCUUCACCAUCUUGUCCAAUAUUCUAAGAUACAAUAAAACAAGAUGAAGACAACUUCAAAACACUAAAGAAUGAGUGAUAAAACAUUAAUAUCGAUGAAAUUACUAAUACUAAUCUUCUUUUUACUUUUUAAA